GGUCCUCCAUGCCAAAAUCCCUCCCUCCCACCUCCCUUCCUGCAAGCAGAGAGGAGGUUGCUUUGUUUUCUCUCCUUUGCAAAAGCUUCCUCGGACCCUGCAGCUUGUUGUGGCUUCUCGAUUCCUCAGGAAGGAUGAAAGAGACGGAUCCUGCAAAGCUAGUGAGGAUGGAAGGGGGAAGAUGGACGGUUGACCUGGUCAGGUUGUCUCCUGCAUCCCUCCCCACAACCUCUGAGCGUUCCCUCCCAGGGACCUCCGAGAGAUCUGAUGGUGAUGAAUUUGAGGGGAAGAACAAAGGGGACCACAACAGAAUCCACAUAGCGGAGAAGUCAAGUAAAUAUUCAGGGUAUGGAGAGAACACCCGUCAGACCUCCCAGUCCACCUCCCAUCAAAGAAAGAGCUACAUUCAGAGGGAUAGCCUUACUUCACACGAAAGAACUCACAGUGGUGAUAAACUGCAUCAGUGCUUGGAAUGUGGAAAGAGCUUCAGUCGGAAGGAUUCUCUCACUUCCCAUCGAAGAAUUCAUACAGGUGAGAAACCCUAUCAAUGUUUGGAAUGUAGAAAGUGCUUCACCCAAAGGGCCCAUCUCCUGAUGCAUCAAAAAACUCAUACAGAUCAGAAACCCUAUCAAUGCUUGGAAUGUGGAAAGAGCUUCAGUCGGAAGGAUACUCUCACUUCCCAUCACAGAAUUCAUACAGGGGAGAAACCCUAUCAGUGCUUGGAAUGCGGAAAGAAAUUCAGACUGAGCUCACAGCUGACUUCCCAUCACAAAAUUCAUACAGGGGAGAAACCCUAUCAGUGCUUGGAAUGCGGAAAGAAAUUCAGACUGAGCUCACAGCUCACUUCCCAUCACAGAAUUCAUACAGGGGAGAAACCCUAUCAGUGCUUGGAAUGUGGAAAGAAAUUCAGACUGAGCUCAGAGCUCACUUCCCAUCACAGAAUUCAUACAGGGGAGAAACCCUAUCAGUGCUUGGAAUGUGGAAAGAAAUUCAGACUGAGCUCAGAGCUCACUUCCCAUCACAGAAUUCAUACAGGGGAGAAACCCUAUCAGUGCUUGGAAUGUGGAAAGAGCUUCAGCCAUAGUAGGAUUCUGACAACCCAUCAAAGAUUUCAUACAGGGGAGAAACCCUAUCAGUGUUUGCAAUGCAGAAAGUGCUUCAGUCAGAGGAGAAAUCUCACUUCCCAUCGAAGAAUUCAUACAGGAGAGAAACCCUAUCAGUGCUAUGAGUGUGGAAAGAGCUUCACUCAGAGGGCCAAUCUCACUUCCCAUCAAAGAAUUCAUACAGGUCAGAAACCAUAUAAAUGCUUUGAAUGUGGAAAGAGCUUUAGUCGGAGCAACUCUCUCACUUCCCAUCAAAGAAUUCAUACAGGUGAGAAACCCUAUCAGUGCCAGGAAUGUGGAAAGAGCUUUCGUGAGGGGGGGAAACUCGCUUCUCAUCGAAGAAUUCAUACAGGUGAGAAACCCUAUCAAUGCUUGGAAUGUGGAAAGAGCUUUCGUGAGGGGGGAAAACUCGCUUCUCAUCGAAGAAUUCAUACAGGUGAGAAACCCUAUCAAUGCUUGGAAUGUGGAAAGAGCUUUCGUGAGGGGAGAAAAUUCGCUUCUCAUCGAAGAAUUCAUACAGGUGAGAAACCCUAUCAAUGCUUGGAAUGUGGAAAGUGCUUUCGUGAGAGGGGAAAACUCGCUUCUCAUCGAAGAAUUCAUACAGGGGAGAAACCCUAUCAAUGCUUGGAAUGUAGAAAGAGCUUCAGUCGGAGGGAUAGUCUUACUUCCCAUCAAAUAAUUCAUACAGGGGAGAAAUUGGAAUGUGGAAAGAGCUUCAGUCGGAAGGAUUCUCUCAUUUCCCAUCAAAGAAUUCAUACAGGAGAGAAACCGUAUCAGUGUUUGCAGUGUGGAAAGUGCUUCUGUCAGAGGAGCAAUCUGACAACCCAUCAAAGGAUUCAUACAGGGGAGACACCUUAUAAGUGCUUGGAAUGUGGAAAGAGAUUCAGACAGAGCUCAGAGCUCACUUCCCAUCACAGAAUUCAUACAGGGGAGAAACCCUAUCAGUGCUUGGAAUGUGGAAAGAGAUUCAGACUGAGCUCAGAGCUCACUUCCCAUCAAAGAAUUCAUACAGGGGAGAAGCCUUAUCAGUGCUUGGAAUGUGGAAAGACCUUCAGUCAGAGGCACGGUCUCACUUACCAUCAAAGAAUUCAUACAGGGGAGAAACCCUAUCAGUGCUUGGAAUGUGGAAAGAGCUUCAGUAACCGCCAAAUUCUCACUUCCCAUCGAAGAAUUCAUACAGGGGAGAAACCCUAUCAGUGCUUGGAAUGCGGAAAGAGCUUCAAUUGGAGGACUAGUCUUACUUCCCAUCAAAGAAUUCAUACAGGGGAGAAACCUUUUCAGUGCCAUGAAUGUGGAAAGAGCUUCAUUCAUAAGAAUACUCUCACUUCCCAUCAAAGAAUUCAUACAGGUCAGAAACCAUAUAAAUGCUUCCAAUGUGGAAAGAGCUUCAGUCACAGCCAUGAACUCACCAUCCAUCAAAGGAUGCAUACAGGUGAGAAACCCUAUCAGUGCCAGGAAUGUGGAAAGAGCUUUCGUGAGACGGGAAAACUUGCUGCUCAUCGAAGAAUUCAUACAGGGGAGAAACCCUAUCAAUGCUUGGAAUGCGGAAAGAGCUUCUCCCAAAGGGCCCAUCUCCUGAGCCAUCAAAAAACUCAUACAGGUCAGAAACCCUAUCAGUGCCAGGAAUGUGGAAAUAGCUUUCGUGAGAGGGGUAAACUCAUUUCCCAUCAAAGAAUUCAUACUGGGGAGAAACCCUAUCAGUGCUUGGAAUGUGGAAAGAACUUCAGUCGGAGGGAUAGUCUUACUUCCCAUCAAAGAAUUCAUACUGGGGAGAAACCCUAUCAGUGCUUGGAAUGUGUCACGGGCUUCAGUCGGAAGGAUGCUCUCACUUCCCAUCGAAGAAUUCAUACAGGGGAGAAACCCUAUCAAUGCUUGGAAUGUAGAAAGAGCUUCAGUCGGAAGGAUACUCUCACUUCCCAUCACAGAAUUCAUACAGGGGAGAAACCCUAUCAGUGCUUGGAAUGCGGAAAGAAAUUCAGACUGAGCUCACAGCUCACAUCCCAUCAAAGAAUUCAUAUAGGUCAGAAACCAUAUAAAUGCUUCGAAUGUGGAAAGAGCUUUAGUCGAAGCAACUCUCUCACGUUCCAUCAAAGAAUUCAUACAGGGGAAAAACACUAUCAGUGCUUGGAAUGUGGAAAGAGCUUUAGUGAGAGUGGAAAACUCACUUCCCAUCGAAGAAUUCAUACAGGGGAGACACCCUAUCAGUGUUUGCAAUGCAGAAAGUGCUUCAGUCGGAGGAGAAACCUCACUUCCCAUCAAAGAAUUCAUACAGGGGAAAAACCUUUUCAGUGCUAUGAGUGUGGAAAGAGCUUCACUCAGAGGGCCAAUCUCACUUCCCAUCAAAGAAUUCAUACAGGUCAGAAACCAUAUAAAUGCUUCGAAUGUGGAAAGAGCUUUAGUCGGAGCAACUCUCUCACUUCCCAUCAAAGAAUUCAUACAGGUGAGAAACCCUAUCAGUGCCAGGAAUGUGGAAAGAGCUUUCGUGAGGGGGGAAAACUCGCUUCUCAUCGAAGAAUUCAUACAGGUGAGAAACACUAUCAAUGUUUGGAAUGUGGAAAGAGCUUUCGUGAGGGGGGAAAACUCACUUCUCAUCGAAGAAUUCAUACAGGUGAGAAACCCUAUCAAUGCUUCGAAUGUGGAAAGAGCUUUCAUGAGGGGGGAAAACUCACUUCUCAUCGAAGAAUUCAUACAGGUGAGAAACCCUAUCAAUGCUUGGAAUGUGGAAAGAGCUUUCGUGAGGGGGGAAAACUCGCUUCUCAUCGAAGAAUUCAUACAGGUGAGAAACCCUAUCAAUGUUUGGAAUGUGGAAAGAGCUUUCGUGAGAGGGGGAAACUCGCUUCUCAUCGAAGAAUUCAUACAGGGGAGAAACCCUUUCAAUGCUUGGAAUGUAGAAAGAGCUUCAGUCGGAGGGAUAGUCUUACUUCCCAUCAAAGAAUUCAUACAGGGGAGAAACUCUAACAGUGCUUGCAAUGUUUAAAGAAGAAACAACAAUAACAACAGAUAUAGGUAGGUAGCCAUGUUGAUCUGCCAUAAUCGAAACGAAAUAAAAAAGUUUGCUAUUGGUAUGAGCUUUCGUGUGCAUGUACACUACUUCAGAUACCAUGCAUGAAUAAACUUAGUUGGUCUUUAAGGUGCUACUGGAAGAAUUUUUUUUUUAAAUAAUUUAUUACUUGUACCCUCCCCAUCUGGCUGGUGUUCCACAGAUACGCUGGGUAGCUCCCAACAGAAUAUUGAAAACAUGAUAAAACAUCAAGCGUUGUUGUUGUUU